AACAAAUAAUGGUUCUGAGUUCUUUCUUAAACAAUUUUACACUGACUUUGGCAUUUUACAUCAAACAUCUUGUGUUGAAACUCCUCAACAAAAUGCCAAAGUAGAGAGGAAACACCAGCAUCUUUUACAAGUAGCAAGAGCCAUUUUAUUCCAUGCUCAUUUACCUUUAACAUUCUGGAUUGACUGUGUUCUUGCUGGUGCACACAUAAUAAAUAGAAUCCCCACCCCUGUUCUCAACCAGAAAUCUCCUUUUGAAAUGCUUUUUCAAAAACCUACUACAUAUGAUCAUUUGAAA